UGCAAACUCCCCAUAUCCCCGCCCUCUGGGGAUGUUUACAUCUGAAUUUCCCCAGGUACACCGACGAGGCAAUGGAACGACGACAGAUUGGCAGCGGAGACGAUGCCCGUUUUUGGCCUACGUCGACCGCGAAAACUGGGGAGCGCCGCGAUAGCUCAUGUUGAUAUGGAGACCCGGAUGGAUGGGGACAGCGAGAGAGGGGUUGGGGACUGACUGGAAAGCAUUUAAGGCCGAGUCGGUCCGCCUGGUCGGACGCGGUCGCGGCGACGGAUGGACGACGCACUCCUGGUCUAGUUCAGUUUCGAGCCAGCCAGCCAGACCGAGCCGUCGUUUUCUUCGCCUCCCUUUUUUCCUCCCAGACAAGAAAACAAAAUGCGCCCUAGCUUCAUCGUGGCCGCAGCGGCGGCCGGGCUUGCGCACGUCGUGGCCGGCGCCAGCUACGUCGAGGGCCUGUCCCCCAACGCGCGCUCGCUCUUCACCGAGGGCAUGGACUGGAUGGACGGCUUCUACGACGCCAAGGCCGGGUGGCUGUACGACUUCGGCGCCGCCUCGGCCCUCCGGUACGAGACCAGGAGCUCGGUCUGGUACGCCUUUGGGCUCCUGGCCCGCAACCGCGGCGGCGACGCGGCCGAGGCCGACAAGAUCCUCACCAACCUCGUCCACGACCAGUACACGGACCCCAAGGACCUGUGGUACGGCGACUACACGCAGCACCCAUUUGAGCCGCGGGUGGGGACCAAGAACUACCAGCCGGCCAUCUACGGGACCUGGGACCCCAACUGGCGCGGCUUCGUGGGCACGACGCUCAUCAUGUGCCUCGAGGAGUUCCCGCACCUGCUCAGCGACGCGACGCAGCAGCUCGUGCUCGCGUCGCUCCGCAACGCCACCAAGGGCGACGAGUACCGAUUCGGCCACCUGGACCCCAAGCAGGACAACCUGUACCCGUCCUACAGCAACCCGGCCAUCAUGCGCGCCUUCAUGUCGGGCUGGACGGGCCGGCGGCUGGGCGAGGAGAACAUGACGCGGUCGGGCGAGCUGUACGCGCGCGAGAUCGUCGACCUCUUCGACCGCGCCGACACCCUGUCCGAGUUCAACAGUGGCACCUACACGGGCGUCUCGCUCUUCGGCCUCCUGCUCUGGUCAAAGUACCUCGCCGCGGACUCGCUCAUGAGCUCCCAGGGCCCGCGGAUGGUCCGCCACACGUGGGAGGCGGUCGCGCAGCUCUGGAACCCCAAGAUGAAGAAUAUGGCGGGGCCUUGGGACCGGGCGUACGGCUACGACAUGAACAGGUACCUGUCCCUGAUGGGGCUGUGGUUCUGGGCCAUCCUGGGCAAGGAGAACUCGUCCAUGAUCGAGAAGCCGCAGGUCAUGUCGCACAUGGCCGACUACGCCUGGGCGCCCGUGUUCGCGGCGCUCGCGGCCAAGAACGACGAGCUGCUGCCGGAGCCGUCGCGUAAGCGGCUGGAGACCUUUGAGGGCGAACACACCUUCAAGGCGUCCACUUACACGCCGCCCUUUGACCUGGUGCCGCGCAACAUCACGACGUGGAUGUCCGAGGACCUGACCAUCGGCGCCGAGUCGUUUGACGAGAUCGUCGUCGGCGGGCCCUCGCGCAGCCAGGAGUCGUUCAACCCGGCCGUCGUGCAGUGGGAUACGGGCAGGGAGAUUUCCUUCAUUUCGCUCUACCCCACCGAAAUGGCGCUCGAGGCCGAGGUGGCGCCCGGCCGGCUGAGCCUGUCGUACCCGCGCGGCGGUGCCGGCUCGCAGUUCAGCCUGCUCGUCGGCGCCUUCAAGGGCAAGCCCGUGGUCGGCGGCUGGGAGGACGUGCAGGGCCUCAACGUCAAGGUCGGCGGCAACGCCAACAUGACCUACAGCCUCGGCUUCGCCGGCCAGUACGGCGGCCAGUACAAGCCCGUGCGCGACUUUGAGUUCUGGAACUUCACAUACACCAUGCCCCAGGGCUUCACCGGUGUCCCCAACCUGGUGCUGGAGCUGGCGCACAAGAAGGUGUGCGGGCGGGGGUGAGAUGCCUAGGUUACCUACCUAGAUAGAUGGCUAGACGGGGAUUUAAUGAUAAUGAUGAUGCAUACGUGAGGAAUUCCA